CGAUUAGAGAAGAAAUAUUUUCCUUUUUUUUUUUAUUUAAAGAGCGAUUUUAUAAUUUCAUAAAUCCAACGUGUCAAUAUAUUAAACGGAACUUUCUCUCGUCUCUUUCCGUGAGAUUUGUCAAGAGAAUAAGCGAAGCACUUAUAUGAUUGCUGUCAGGAAUUAGGAAAUAUUAUUUCCCGGCUGGACGAAAAGCUUUGCUUUCCAAUACGGUUGUAGUUAUCGCCAGAAUGCCGCGGGCACGUUUCGGCACGACGUUGUGUAAAUGCGGACGGACCAGCGACCGCCUGUGUGUAUUCGGGAAAGAUGUUUAUUAUCAGUAAACUGAACUCUUUGCCGUAUCCCCCUUCUCUGCUUGUUCUCCACCCUCCGCGAGGUAGACUUAGACUUUCAUAUCAGUUGCCGUGUAGCCGUGUGCCCGACCUCGUAUAUUUUAAUCGCGCGAUACAUUCCGCCGCCGAUGAACGGUAUUUGGCUCGCAUAUAAUCGGUCCUUCGACGUGCAAGUAUCAAUCGCGUUUCUCUUUUAAAUUGAACAGAUCGUACGAUGACGAUGAUCAAUGAUCGUGCAACGCGCGCACAUCCGUACUUGGAAUGAUUCGUCCACGGAUUUUUUUUCUCACGAUAUCUCGUAAAGCGUCAAAGCGCUCAAAGAGAUAAUGAACGGCUUGUAUCAAUCCGCACGUACAUUUAUCAAUUAACAAUCGCGCAAAGAAGAGAACGAUUAAUGUUCUAAUAAAUGAUAGUUGCUAAUUUUAUUAUUCGCACGUGUCUGCGUCCUUUAAUUUAUGCAUAAGCGUCAAAAGUCACGCUAUUUAAAUGUCAGUUUUGCGAAGUCUUUUCGAGAAAAUCUCGCAAGAUGCGAGAAGGAAUUGCGAGGCUACGUCGAAGUGAGCCACGAGUACUAAUGGUAGAAAAAGAAAUGGGAAGAACCGAAUGAGCGAAGAAGAAGAAGAAACUGCAGAAGAAAAAGGAAGAAGAGAACGAAGAACGAAAUCUUACGGCGCUCCAAGUAUUCGUGAAGGUCAUUCUCGCAAGCCUCCCACGCCUCGUGCGUUACUUUUAUCACGGGGGAUACCGAUGCAUCCCUCAGGGGUGGAAAAUCGUCAGAGAAUCUUUGCGAUGAGUUCUACACGUAGCAUAACGUUGGACAACCUAAUGACACCAUGAUGAAAUCAAUUUAAAAGAGAGCGCGAUAGGAGGAAAGCAACGCACUCCGAUGAAGAGAAGAACGGAGUAACGAGGUAAGACGGCACGACGACAAAGAAGAAGUGUAGUCUAAUCGAUGAUAGUGAGAUAGACAAGAAACGUCGAAGAGAGAAAAAUGGUUGAAGAAAAAGAGACGGGCGGAUGGUGAAUAACGAAGAAACAAUUCACGAGAGAGUGAAGAGAGGAGAAGAGAAUGAGAGACCGAUCGUGUCUAGCCGAAGAAGAAGAAGAAGAAAGCUGGAAGAUUAGCCUCUUUUUCUUCCUUUCUCCUCAUUCUCUAUCUUUUUUCGCUCCUCCUUUCUCGCACUCUCUAACUCUUUCUCUCCCUCUCUCUCUUUCUUUCUCCCUCCCGUCACGUGCACCUGUCUUCGUUUACCUGGUGAACGCCCCGCCCCGGCCAAUAGAGGUACAGCGGGCCUCGUGACGUCAGUCACGCGUACCAGGAGGCCCUAGGUGGAGGGGGGCGAGAUCAUCCACCACCACCUUUGGAGGCCACGAAAGCCUCACGGGGACCAGCAGCUAGCAGCAGCCAGCGGCGGUGGUCUUGCCGGUCGUUUGCCAUAGGGUGGGGGCAGGAAGAGGGGUACUCCUGGACCUGGUCAGGCCAAAGAAACAACGCAGGAGUACCCACCGAAACCCAUCCUGCAUUUCCCACCACCGGCUCGUCCGGAAAACGUGCUAGCUUCCGGACGUCGUCCGAGUUCAGUCAAGUGAGUCGACUCGCACGUACCUCCUCUCCGACGAAAACGAUUGAGCAGAGGGUUCCGCUCCGGAAAGGCGGGAGUGUUGGCGCGUGCCGACGUGAGAAUUUAAAGAGCCGCCCGGUACCGCUAGAGGAGAGAAUCGGAGUCGAUCGGAGUCGAAGAAACCCGGCUUUGAAUGAUUCUCCAAUCGAAUCCGACGACGCUUAGGAUGUAGAAAGAUCCGCCCUCGUAGACUCUUCGACUUGGUACCAUAUCUGUCUGAUAAUAUCCCGGUGACACAUGUCGGCUCCUUUCGGUAUUCACGGAAAAGAAAAACGGAAUCUUUUUCCAAUUCCUCGGGAGGAGGUUGUAGCUUCGCGUCAAUUCGUCACGAUUGAUCGGUCGCUUGUUUUCCGUUCGAGUUCUCCCAGUGAACCAUCAUCGUCAUCAUCAUCAUCGUCAUCGGUUUUGGUCAGUCGCGCGUGGAGUUUAUCAACGCAGCUACGGGGAUCACAUCGGUGAUAAGAGUGCGUGCACGGGGGGGUGUGUGUGAUGCCCUGGUUAUGGUUAAGCGUGAGUGAGGUCAGUGGCAAGAGGCGGAGGAGAAUAAUUGGUAGCAAAACGUCAAGCGGAUUGUCACCCUCAUCGUCGUUGCCGCCGUCGUCGACGUCGUCGUCGUCGUCGUCGUCACUGUCGUUCUGCCAGCCAUUCUGGAGACGACGAGAGCAGUGACCGCGCAAGGUCGACCUCGAGGCAGAGGCACGCGAUUAUGGUGCACCAUCAUCAUCGUCGCCGCGGCCUCCAGGCGACCCACCACUGUGCCAUUGGGAGUCGCGUAGGCACAUGUACCUCGCUCUUCCAGGUUUUCCUGCUGAUCCUCAGCCUCUGGCUGCCCGUGCUCGAUAACGGCGGUGGUCUUGCUCUGGCGUGCGGACCCGGCCGAGGCGCCGGCCGACGGCCGAAUCUGAGAAAGCCUACACCUCUGGUCUUUAAACAGCAUGUGCCAAAUGUCAGCGAGAACACCUUACCGGCAAGCGGACUCAGCGAGGGAAAAAUAUCUAGAUUUGAUUCCAGGUUCAGAGACCUGGUACCGAAUUAUAACUCGGACAUCAUCUUUAAGGACGAAGAGGGCACCGGCGCUGAUCGUCUCAUGACACAGAGGUGCAAGGAGAAACUUAACACUUUGGCGAUCUCGGUGAUGAAUCAAUGGCCCGGGGUGAAACUACGGGUGACCGAGAGCUGGGAUGAAGAGAACUCCCAUGCGCAAGAUUCCUUGCAUUACGAGGGGCGAGCGGUCGAUGUGACGACGAGCGAUCGCGAUCACUCCAAGUACGGGAUGCUGGCGAGGCUCGCGGUUGAAGCUGGCUUUGACUGGGUCUACUACGAGUCCAGGUCGCACAUACACUGCUCUGUCAAGUCUGAAUCGUCUUCAGCGGGCAAGACCAGUGGCUGCUUUCCCGCGAGGAGUCUGGUCCGAACGGAAGACGGUACGAAGAGGCUGGACGAGGUGCGUCUCGGCGACCGUAUCGCCGCUCUGGACUCCCACGGCGACGUCGUGUACAGCGAUGUGAUCGCUUUCCUGGAUCGUUCUCCGUCCGAGAGGAGACAAUUCAUUCGCCUGACGACCGAGUCCGGCCGAGUGCUCACGUUAACACCAGCGCAUCUAGUGCCGGUGGAGGGUCGGUCGUCGGUAUUCGCCGCCAGCGUGCAACCCGGCGACAGGAUCCUCGUGAGUGACGUCGACGCGGCGAGCGCGGCGAACGAGGUGGACAGUCGUCUGCGAUGGGACAGCGUCGUCGAGGCGAAAUUGGUCCUCGAGGAGGGAGUUUACGCCCCGCUUACGAUGGAAGGCACCCUCCUCGUGGACGACGUCGUCGCGUCCUGCUACGCCAUCGUCAACAGUCAGUCGGUGGCGCAUUACUCCUUCCUGCCGCUGAGGAUUUGGCAUAGCAUCACAGCCUUCUUCCUGCAAAGGCUGGACGAGCCGCAACACUUUGCGAAAUAUAGCAACGCGUCCAGAGCAGAGCCGACGACGGAAGGAGAGCAACUGGGUAUCCAUUGGUACGCGUCGAUGCUCUACUCGCUGGCCUCCUACGUUCUGCCGUCGAAGAUGCUCUACGACUGAGAUUUUUUUUAUAAGAACAAUAGAACCUCCGUACUCCGUGCUCCGAUGAGCGACGUGUCGACGUGAAUAAUCGAAGACAAGCUCGAGUGUUCGGCGCAAAUCACACAUGUUCUAAAGACUUUCGGCCAUAAAUCCUAGUUGAUUAAUCAUCGUUUCUUUGUCUCUCGAGACUUUUCCUUUUUAUAGAACGUCACCGUGGGUUCCGGUUACGCGUGUGCCGUUGAAGACAGUUAACGCGUAUGAUCGCGAGGAUGGAGUUCUCGUUGUGAGAGACGCAUGUAUUUAAUACGUAGAACAAAAGACGUCGUCGUAGGCGAAAGACAUAAAGUUGGCCAGUGACCUACCAGUGUUCACCGAAUGACGUGUAGUUUAUUAAAUCUUUAGGACAAUAGAAAAUAAAACUUUAGAGAGAGAGAGAGAGAGAGAGAGAGUCAGGACUUUUCUCUUCACAUUUUAAAUGUGUAUGAAGAUAAUAUACUGAUAUACAAAUAUUUCUUCUCCGUUUUUUAGUGUUCGCGAAUCGUGUGCGCACCGGUAUGCUUGUUUCUGAAGGAAAUUGCCUUUGUAUCAUGGAACAAGUGUGUAAGAUAGUUGCCGAUUGUUCUAUUGUAAUGUUACUCCAAACGAUCUUCAUGAAUGUACAUGCGAGCAGCAAGAAAGCGUCUAUAUUUAAUUAUAUAUUGUUGAAAUCGUAAUUAAUUUAAAGAAAUGAAGAAGUAUCUCUAUUUUAAGUAGGAUCUACAACGCGUCUUUAUGAAAUAAUAAAAGAUUAUUGUAUAUACCCUGCUUUCUUUUUGUUUUCCCUCCUUCCCGCAAUGCAAUGAGAAGAUGAUAUAACCUGCUUCUUUUUCUUUCACUUUAUUAACACUGCUUGUAUCCCAUGUAUAAUUUAAUGUUGUACAACCGAAACUGUGUAAUUAUGAAUCUGUUCAGUCAAGCUGCACUUUCUUUCUUUUGAAGUAAAAUCGGUAUAGAUUUGGUUUUUCGAAAGAGAGAAACGAAAGAAACAAAGUGUAAAAAAAAGUGCGACUAAAAAAAUGAACCUUAUAGAUAUUUAUUGUCACCAUCGAUUGUGGCAGUAACUAUAUCGAAUAUUGCUGUAUAAUAAUGUUAAAUCGCGUUGCUCUCGCCGUGUCAUAACAAUAGUCAAUUAUAAUCAACAUGUUAACAAAAAGUUAAUUAUUUUAAUAAUUUAAGGACUAUUUUUUAUUAAGAAACAUAACUUAAAUU